GACACUCUUUUUCAUAAUUAUUUGAAAAACGAUGACUGAGCGGAUUGUAAAAGUGUUUUGGGAUCGUUGGACUUAAAAAUUGGGCUAAAAAUAAGUUAUUUUAAUAGAAGAAGAACAGAAAUAUUAGCCUAUUAAUAAAACGUAUUAGACCAAACAAACGAUUCGCGAAAUGAGUAGAUUUCCCCCUUACUGCUCACAGAAAAAAAAGUUCAUCAUGACAUGUAGCGGUUUAUACAGCCGGCUGGAGAGGUUGCAGAGAUGUCGAGUGUGUGAUGCAUUACACUACAAAUGAAACCGGUAUUGCAUCACGUGGCACCGUCCUUGUUAAUUGCUGAUAAUUUAUUCAUUGAUCAUCAGUAACACGGAUAAAGGGUUUGCGUUCAUACAUGUGUAUGAGAAAUGGCAGCAAAGGGAGGGAAGAAAAAACACAAACGUUAAAGCAGAAUCUCCGCUCUCUCUUUCUUUCUCUUCUCGAACGCAGCGCGCGUAUCCCACUCAGAGCGCGAGGCUCCGCGGCACGCGCACACACGCUCGCUCACACACUCACGCACAGUCACACACAGACUGAACCAGCCGAGAGAGGGAAGAAUGAGGAAGAACUCGCACGCACAUUUCAGCUCUCAUAGAUUUGCUGAUAAAGCAUCAGAUAUUUGAUCGCUACGGGUCUGUUUGGGGAAAAAACAAACGCGUGUAUGGAAAUCGGAGGGUGCAUAUAAUACUCGCGUGGGUCUCUAAUCUUUCCUGCAUAUCAUAUAUAAAAACCUAAACUAAUGCGAGCUGGGAUACUACUGACGGUUUCCGACAAGCACUGUCUUCGUUAACACUCCUGCUGCCGCUCAGACUUUCUACUUCACGGAGCACCGUUACGCAGAAGUUUGUCACCGAGUAAGGAACGAUGAGGAAUCGUGAGACCUCCCCGCACCUCUUCUUGAGCUUUCAGUGUAUAGUCAUGGUGACACUGCUCUUCAGCGUCCACCAUGUGGCAGCGGAACACGCUCCAGACCACAGCCAAGAUCAUAGUUCUCCUGCCAACAAGUCUUUGUCUUGUGGUGGGACUGUCACAUGCUCACCUGGAGUCAUCCUUCCGGUGUGGGAACCCCCGAAUCCUUCCUUUGGGGACAAGGUAGCCCGGGCCACUGUUUACUUUGUGGCACUGGUAUACAUGUUUCUGGGAGUUUCGAUUAUUGCUGACCGCUUCAUGGCAUCCAUCGAGGUCAUCACCUCUCAGGAGAAGGAGAUCACCAUUAAGAAACCGAAUGGUGAAACGACCACCACAACUGUACGCAUCUGGAAUGAAACUGUGUCCAACCUCACCCUCAUGGCUCUGGGGUCUUCUGCUCCUGAGAUUCUGCUCUCGGUCAUUGAAGUGUGCGGCCAUAACUUUGAAGCUGGUGACCUCGGACCCUCUACCAUCGUGGGCAGUGCAGCUUUCAACAUGUUCGUCAUCAUUGGAAUCUGUGUCUACGUGGUGCCCGACGGAGAGCAUCGCAAAGUGAAACACCUGCGUGUUUUCUUCGUCACGGCCGCUUGGAGCAUCUUCGCCUACUUGUGGCUCUACCUGAUCUUGGCUGUUAUCUCGCCAGGCAUCGUCCAAGUGUGGGAGGGUCUUCUCACUCUUUUCUUCUUUCCUAUUUGCGUGGUCUUUGCUUGGAUCGCUGACCGCCGGCUCCUGUUUUACAAGUACGUUUACAAGCGCUACCGAGCCGGCAAGCACCGUGGCAUGAUCAUCGAGACGGAGGGGGACCGUCCUCUGCCAUCCAAGGUGGAUAUUGAGAUGGACGGGAAGAUGCUGAACUCUCACGCAGUGGACUUCUUGGAUGGAACACUGGCUUUGGAACUUGAGGACAAAGACCUAGAUGAGGAGGAAGCUAGACGUGAAAUGGCAAAGAUCCUGAAGGAACUGAAGCAGAAACAUCCGGAUAAAGAAGUAGAGCAGUUGAUUGAACUCGCUAAUUACCAGGUGCUCAGCCAGCAGCAGAAGAGCCGUGCAUUCUACCGAUGCCAGGCGACCCGCUUGAUGACUGGAGCAGGUAACAUUCUAAAGAAGCAUGCGGCAGACCAGGCUCGCAAAGCAGUGAGCAUGCACGAGGUGCGCAGUGACACUGGUGAGAAUGACCCGAUUUCUAAGAUCUUUUUUGACCCUGGCUCUUACCAGUGCCUGGAAAACUGUGGAACUGUGGCAGUGAAUGUGGUUCGGCGUGGAGGCGAUCUCAACCAGACCGUGUCGGUGGAAUUCCGCACAGAAGACGGAACUGCAAAUGCCGGCUCAGACUACGAAUUCACUGAAGGCACUGUCGUUUUCAAACCAGGUGAGACGCAGAAGGAGAUCCGAGUUGGAAUUAUUGACGAUGACAUCUUUGAAGAGGACGAGAACUUCCUUAUCCACCUCAGCAAUGUCCGUGUGCUUCAUGAGGGUGAUGAGCCAGAGACCACUGAAACCAAUCACGUGGAGACCAUCGCAACCCUCGGUGUGCCCUCCACAGCAACAGUCACCAUCUUUGACGAUGACCAUGCUGGAAUCUUCACAUUUGAAGAGCCAGUCACCCACGUUAGUGAGAGUGUGGGUGUCAUGGAAGUGAAGGUCCUGCGUACGUCUGGCGCCCGUGGGGUGGUGUCACUGCCGUAUAAAACCGUUGAGGGAACUGCUCGUGGAGGAGGAGAGGACUUUGAAGACUCCCAUGGUGUUCUGGAAUUCCAAAACGACGAAAUCUUCAAAACAAUAAAAGUCAGGAUAAUUGAUGACGAAGAAUAUGAGAAGAACAAGAGCUUCUUCCUGGAGAUCGGAGACCCUCAGCUCGUAGAGACCAAUGAGAAGAGAGAGGAAGAGAAAGAGGCGGGGAAGGAAGAGGAGGAGCCUCUGACAGGUGAAGAUGAAGAGGAACGACGCAUCGCUGAGAUGGGGAAGCCAAUGCUCGGAGAUCACCCCAAACUGGAGGUUAUCAUCGAGGAAUCUUAUGAAUUUAAGAACACUGUUGAUAAGCUGAUUAAAAAGACAAACUUAGCUCUUCUGGUUGGCACCAACAGCUGGAGGGACCAGUUUAUCGAGGCCAUCACAGUCAGCGCUGGUGAGGAUGAUGAUGAUGAAGAAUGCGGAGAGGAGAAGCUGCCCUCCUGCUUCGAUUACGUCAUGCAUUUCCUCACCGUCUUCUGGAAAGUUCUCUUCGCCUUUGUCCCGCCUACCGACUACUGGAACGGGUGGGCGUGUUUCGUGGUGUCAAUCGUUAUGAUUGGCCUCCUGACGGCUUUCAUCGGAGACCUAGCAUCCCACUUCGGCUGCACCAUCGGACUCAAAGACUCCGUCACAGCCGUGGUGUUUGUGGCGCUGGGCACUUCAGUGCCAGACACCUUUGCCAGUAAAGUGGCAGCGAUACAGGAUCAGUACGCUGACGCAUCCAUCGGAAACGUGACCGGCAGCAAUGCUGUGAACGUCUUCUUGGGCAUCGGAGUGGCCUGGUCCAUUGCCGCCAUCUACCACAACUCAAAGGGCCGUGAUUUCAAGGUGGAGCCGGGUAGCCUGGCCUUCUCAGUCACCCUCUUCACCAUUUUCGCCUUCAUCUGCGUGGCGGUGCUCAUGUACCGCCGCCGGCCCGACAUCGGCGGUGAGCUGGGGGGUCCGCGGACUGCCAAAGGGCUGACCACCAUGCUUUUCGUCAGCCUCUGGCUCCUCUACAUCCUGUUCUCCUCUCUGGAGGCUUACUGCCACAUCAAGGGCUUCUAAACACACGUACAUGCGCUCACACAUGCAUACACACUCAGAACUACACACCUUCACACACACGUUCAUGCGUUCUGUGGAAAACUAGCAAAGACUAAAGGUUAAAAUAAAGGGGAAAGACUAAAGACUGCAGAGGAAGGCAACAGCGGUGGACUCGGUUUCGGGUUCACGUGGAUAAUCGUUUUCCGCAGACCAUUGGCCUGUUCUUCUGUUCUCUCCACACGCCACUCCUUCAUCCUCAUCUUCCUCUGUUUGUUGUGUGUGCUAAAUGACUGCAUCUGAUUGGAUGGGGUUUGACCACAGUGUUCAAACAUCAAAUGUAGACUAUGAAAAGCUACUAUUGCUACCUUUAACUACUGUAGUUGUGCUUUUUUAACCUAAACCAGUAUAAAAGCCACGUGGGACCGUGGAAUCUGUAAGCUCCCUUCAUAGUGCCAUGGAACUCUGGGUAAUGUGGCUGUGUGUUAUAGGUUUGUUAUCUUAACGUGGACCUAGCGGUAAUUUUGCUUGGGUGAAUUUUCAGACAUACCACUUUGUGUUUACAGAUGAUGUAAUCAGAGUGGUCCUAACUGAAAGGGGUCAACUUUUGCCGUUUGUUUACGGCUCGGGCAUCCUCCUAAACAGCUUUUGUCGUUUUCAAGAGCAGCUCUGUGUAACUAAUUUCUGUGAAGGCCAGUUUUUAUCCCUCUCUUGCACUGGUGCAGUUCAUUUCAGUUCAGAAAGAGAAUAACAAUAGGAAGAAUACAGUAUGCCAGUUCCAAUCUCUUCUAGUGCUGAAGCUUCAGAGACCAGAGGUGCACUAGUGCAAGACUUCGAUUUAAGAGCCUCAAAGAUCGUAAAGUGCUAUUGAAUGAGCUUGGGUUACGGAACAUCCUGAAUUUUCUAACGUGAAUAUACCGCUGUUCGUUACGGAUAAGAUUAUUAAUUUAUGCAAUCGAUGGAAGGUCAGUGUAGUGAGAUAAUCCAGCAUGUGACAUGCUUUUGCCAACAUCACAUUGAGAGUUUACAAUUAUGACUGUUACUUUCCGUCCAAACAAAAACGCAUACAUUUACAGACGCACACUAUGAGAAAUACACAAAAACAGUGGCCAUACUUUCAGUGAUUUGUUCUCAGACACACAAUUUAUAGUCUUAAACAUGCAAGCAUGUAUAAUUGGUAGACUUUUGCUUGAUAAACUUGCUCAAUAUCCCAUACAGAUACACUCAGUCAAUCAUCUAUGUGGAGUUUACGAGGGCACGCUUUCCCUCCAACCCUGCUGAGAUUGCUUCUUUGUAUUUUGUAGAUUCGCUGCAUACAGAGCUGUAAGGUAAAUCUCGUAGAGUAGUCACGGUUUUAGACGUAGGUCGAUUUAAAAGCAGAAAUUGUAGAACUAAUCUGAAUUUGACUCUAAACAUCUUUAGGAUAGCAUGGUUUAACACAAACGAACUGAAAAAAGUAGCUCGUUUUAUUGCAAGAUUUUUCACUGUCCUUUCCAAAGUUCGAUUUCCAGUCUUAGUGGGUAAGUGAAAAUUAAAUUACGCUUCUGGAAUGAGCACAGUAGAUCUGACGUAGAUAUAUUGGACUGCAUCUAUUGUGUAUUUUGCGCCAAAUUUGCCAAAGGGAAAAUCUUUCUAAUGGAGACACUGCAGUGUGCCACAUAACCCCUGAAGUGGGUUUUGUAUUUCGAAUCAUACAUUUUUUUACCCACACCAAAAAAUGUCCUUGCAAGGAUAAAGAGGCCUUGGUGACAUUUCUUAUAGGUGUUUGUACUGAAGGGAUCCAGCCUACAGCUCUUUUACUGCAUCUGAACACCUUUUCUUGUGAUGAAAGAGUGUUUUUAAAGGAAUUCUGGGAUUCUGUGUUGGGGUUUGUAGUUUCAGUAGCUUGAUUUUGAAAGAGAAGAAAACAAUAGCUUGAAUAGCUGUUUAUUCUAUCUUUUUUUGUUGUUUGUUUUAUUUUGUUUUACAUUUUUAAUGAAGUUGUACUAGUUGUAGGGCAUUUCCGUAGGAAACCUUUGAUGAUGACCUUCAAUCCCUGUUGAAGAUGGUCCGCUGUUGCUUGCUAAUUCUAAGAUCCACAGGAAAGACACUACAAUCAACCAACAUUGAUAAAGACUUUUUCUUGAAGCCUAAUAUCUAUUUAACCAAUAAACAAACAGAUGAAGUUGGAGUCGGUGAAACCAUGUGAAUUACAGCCAUACCAAGUUCUGCCGAGAAGACUUUCACGGACUCUCGCCAUACGUGCUGCUCGCUAGCCGUCACACCAACCGACCGCAGGUGCGUCUCUCCGUACGGGGCGUUCAAACUGUACAUGGUCUCUCCGGUUUAUACUGUAUAUGUAUUUGCUUCGGCAGAGCAGGGGUCAGCAAUUGUGUACAUCUGUGCUCUGCGGUCUGUAAAUCAGGGCGUGGCUGUAUUGGAACCGCCCCCUGUGAAACCUAGCCCCUCCCUGUGCCCCGCCCCCUUGUUUGCCAUGUCCAUAUUUGGAAUGUUAAUGUGCUUCGUGUUGACAAUGCAUGGAUGCUAACCUGUUUGUAUAUAGUACGCAGAAUUCCCUUCAUUAACGUAGUCGACAGAGGUUUGAAAGCUGUAUAGAUAUUCAGACUUUUGUUUUGUUUGCUUGGUUUUCCUGUCCGUAAGUUUCAUUUGAAUGUGUUUCUUUUUUUUUAACUUGCACAUGUAUAUUAAAAAGGCAGUAUCUGUCGUUUGGUACAGGAGCGCAUGUACAAACAAAGGAAGCAAUAUGUCAAGGCCCUCUGCUUGGUUGUUGCAGUGGUUGUAUUAUUUAAUAGUAUGAAAUAUUUUGUCGUUGAAGCGUUCAGGUGUGUAUGUAUAUACUGUAUAGUAGAAUGAAGGCAGAAUUACCGCUCUGCCAUUAUCACAGAGAGAAUACAACGUAUUUAUUUGAAACUUCAGAAUGACAAAUAUUGCCUUUUGGAUUGAUUGUUGCAUAAAGCUCGUUUUGUUCUAGUUUCUUCGCUGAGCAGUGUGUGUGUGUGUGUGUUUGGUCGGUCUAGAGCGAUAUUUGUAAGAAUUAAGGGAACAUAUAAUCCGUUAUUUAUCUGCUCAGAGUCUGUUAAACAUCUUGCAAAAAUAAGUGAACCAUCUGGAAAAUGUCUGUAAAACAUUAGGAGAAUGUGUGUGAAGCAUCAGGGUUUGCCUUGUGUAUGUCGUACAUUCCUAAACCCCCCUCUCUCUUCCUCACUGCUCAGAUGGUCUCUAGUCUUUCAGGGGUUUAAUACUAAUCUUUGAUAAUAUUAUUUCCUCCCCUCCCCCCCCUCUCAAUCUCUCUGUCCUCUAACUCUCCAAUCCAAGGCCUCACUAACAUCUUGCAUUAAUGUGUCCAAUGAAAACCUGUAGGCUGUUUGUUGUGAACAAUCGCAGUGUAUAUGUGUGAAGAUGUUCCUGGUAUUCCUGAACAGUGCGUAUAUAUGUGUAAAUGUCUGCAUUUCACUUAUUUAUAAUGUGUAAAUUUAUAGCAUGUAUAAAGGUUUGCAAAACCACUUAUACUGCAAAGAAUAUUGCUCUAAACUAGUCGUUUUGUCUUGUUUUCCAGUAAAAAUAUCCACAAAACAAGAUAGAUUUGCAUGAGUAAAAUUAUACUUUUCUUUCAGAGAAUAAAUCUCAAAUUAUUUUUGUUUCAAGCAUAACUCUAACAAGAUGUUUAUGCUUAAGAACAAGAGAAAACAACAAUUGAAUAUUUAUAAAAACAUAUCAAAUAGUGUUGAGAAUAUUUUUAUAGGAAAACAAGACAAAACACUUUUUUUUGCAGUGUAAACAACAUGGCAGAAAGCUCUCAUGCCAAAGCAGGACUGAAUGUAUUGUAUGUAACGUAAUAGCUGAUCUAAAUGAAGGCUGUGAGUUUUAUUAUCUUAUCUGUCUUGUACAGAUCGAGGGGCUCAAAUCAUUGUGUGUGUACGACCGCUGUAAGCUAACGCUGAGAGUCAUGUUAAUGCAAGUGUGUGUGGCCUUGUGGCACAGUGUGUCUUACACAGUCCUCUUGUCAUGGGCUUAUUAAAGCUGACUCUGUUUUCCUCCUCUCUCUCGCUCUCUCUCUCUCUCUCAUCUCUUCUUUCUCACUUUUUGCUAUUUCACGCUGUUUUGUUUUGAUCGUUAGGUUGUUUUAAUUUCGAUCUGAAUAAUUAAAUAUGAGAUUUUUUUGUUUUGAUUUAUUUUUGUGUUGCACUCAAUCUAAUAAGAUGGACGUCCACUAACUGUGAUUGCUCCCCUAGUACACCUCUACACAGGAAAUAAAGUUUGGGAUAUCCUGUUUAGAGCUAA